CGCAGCACAUCUGUCAGGAUCACCCCGGCGCCAAACUGAGCUACUUCGAAGGUACGUUUUUCUGUGAGGCGGUGCGGCAGGAGAUUGCAGAGGUCACUCGUGGUCAGCGGGCCAGGCGUGCUGCUGGCAGCGCGGCGGCCGCAGCCAACGUAGCGGUCUCAGCCGAGGCCGCGACGAUGGCGGAGGGCGCGGCGGUUGAGGUAACGCUUUCGCCCCAGCAGCCAGAGGAGGGCGCAGGGGCUGCUGGCUCCGCGGCCGCAGCGGCAGCCGAGGGUGCCCCCUGCCCAGAGUGCCCCUGCGAGCGGGAGUCGGGCCUGGGCCUCAUGCGACACACCAGUGCCGAACACCCAGGCGCGAAGGUAUCAGACUUUGACGGCCUCUUCUUCGGGGACGCGGUGCGCAUCGAGAAGAAAGCCGAGAACGGGGCUCGCGAGGCCAGGGGGGCUGUCGCGAAGCGCUCCGCUGGCAGAGCCACAGCCUCCACAGCGGCCAAGGCGGCACCGCGGGCGAUAGUCGCAGCUGUGGCGGAGGACGCGGCUGCGCCGAAGGCUGGGACGGCGGGGGGAUCGGCGCACGCAGUUUGCGCGCAGGCGGUCGGAGGGGCCGCAGAUCACGCGGAGGGAAGGCCCGCCGAGGCCGAGGGCGCGCCGGUGCGCCGCUGCGCCAGGCGCUUGGGCAGAGACGGUUGCGCCAUCGAGGUCUCCCAGCCGAGCGUCGCAAUUGUCGAAGAGACCAUGGUGGCCAGGCGCGCCAGCAGAGCAUCGCAGUGCUCUGCUGGCGCUGGCGCUCGGGCUAAUUCCAAAAAGAUGAUGGAGAGCUCCGCGGCUCUGGGGCGCUUCAAGCGCCGGCGCGGCAGGGACCUCGUGGUCGUCUUCGGGUCUGGCACGAGCGAGGCCGUCGCCGUUGUGAAGGCGCGGGGGGCGGCCGCCGAUGGCAGCGAUCCCGGGGCGCUCAGGUCCAUGGUGCUGUCAGAGAAGUUUUAUCGCCUCGACGAGCGCCUGAUCGAGUCAGGGCACGGCUCCUGCACUUAUUUCGAAGUCGGCCGCGCCUCGGCAAUGGAGGGGGUCACCAGUCAGCUGGGGGCGGCGCCCACGGCGAAGGGGUGGGGCCCGCGCUUCGAUCUCGUCGGCAAUAUCGGCGACGACCGUGCGAGCGCACUGGUUGUGCUCGUCGCGGAUUGCCCCUGCCACGUCCACGACCCAGCGGCACCUAUCCAGGCGGGUGCCCCAGCGCCGACGCAGCGGGUGCAGGGGCGCGCGAGCGCGGCGGGCGCUGCCAGUUCGAGCGCAGCCAGGCAUCAUGCCGAGGAGCGCAGGCAGGCCGCCCGUGGCACCGACCCCGCCGCGGUGCGCGCGCACUCUGGCACAGCGCCGCUGCGCGCCGCGUCCGAGGCGGGCGAGGUGUCCGACGUUCUCACGGCGAAGCUGGUGGCGAAGCCCUCCGCCGCGCUUCCCCCGUCGGCCACAGCCUCUCUGGCAGCCUCUUCGAAGGCGCGCCCAGCGUCCGCGCCGUCCUCGGCGGGCGCAGCCCCGUCGCUAUCGCCGGCCGCAUCGCCCACAGAGCCAGCCGUCCUGGGCGCUGCCGUGCCCGCAGCCAGGCAGCAGGCCAACCCUGCCCUUGACGCCGCCGAUGAUAUGGAUACUCGCCGCAGGCUCUUCGAGUACGCGAGGGUGCUCCGUCGCGAGCUUCGAGAGUCGGCUGGCGCAGGCCCAGCGAGCAGCGCUUUGGCGCCGCCGCCAACUAACCGCACCCUGCUCCAUGAGAUAAAGGAGCUACAGCAGGGCGGCUGCGCCGUCCACGUCGCGACGGUGCACGUCGCGAGCUUCGUGUAG